ACUACACCUACAUCUAUAUAAGGAACCAUUUGUAAUAGACAGGAUAUCAACAAUACAUCAAUCAAUAAUACAUCAGUUUUUUUACAUGGUAUCAGAGCAAUAAGAUUUAGGCCUAUAUUCCUUUUUUUCCGGCGGGCAGUCGGCUGGCACCCAUGCCUUUGCUGCCCGCUAGAAUUUUCAACACCUCCACAGAGUAUGGCUCAAUCCCAAGCUUACUUCCAUCAAACACAUAAGUUCCAAUUGCCACGGAUAGCCCACCAAAAUACCACCACCUUCUUCAACCCUUCCUGUCCGAACCGGCCUCCUCUCCUUCACUUCUCUCGCCGACAACGUCAAGUGGCGCUGAAGAGAAUAGCGAACAAGAUCAAUCGGCCAGUGACUUUCUCGAAAAGGCGUUCUGGGUUGCUGAAGAACGCUCACGAGAUCUCUGUCCUUUGCGACGCCGAUAUCGGUCUCAUCAUCUUCUCCGCCAAAGGCAAGCUCUUCGAGUACUCCACCACUUCCUGUAUGGAAAGAAUCCUUGAACGAUAUGAGAGAUAUUCAUAUGCAGAAAGGCAGCUUGUUGCAGCCGAUAUUGAUUCACAGGUACGCUGGACUCUGGAACACGUGAAACUCCAGGCCAGGCUAGAGGUUCUAGACAGAACCCAAAGGCAUUUUAUGGGAGAAGACCUUGAUACAUUGAGUGUCAAAGAACUUCAGAGUUUGGAGCACCAGCUUGACUCUGCUCUUAAACAUAUAAGAUCAAGAAAGAAUCAACUAAUGAAUGACUCCAUCUCCGAGCUUCAGACAAAGGAUAAGGCACUGCUGGAGGAAAACAAAUUGCUUGCAAAGAAGAUUAAGGAAAAGGAGGGGAAGGCUCUUGCCCGACAUGCACAAUUGGAGCAGCAAAACCAAGACCCAGCUCAGAUUCGGUUUACACCUCUCUCUCUCCGCAAAACCCACCAUUUGUUUUUUAACCCACUUCCUCUCUCCACUCAAGGACAUGCACAUCUUUGUCCACUUUUCAACCCUUUCCUUCCUCUUUUUGCACCCCACUCACAGAUUCACACACCAUCACUAGUUUUUAUUAAGAUUGUUUAUGCAAUCAAAUUUCCUUCCAGCUUCUAG